UCUUAUAAAAAGGCACGAAUGGAGUGGUAUGCUUCAAUGAUAAUUAAUUAAUUAAUAAUCAUUCUGUGGGAUCUUGGUCUCAACUUAUAUAUUUCUUCUUUUGCAAUUCUGCUCCAAUUGUUGCAGAUGGUCAUGUUUCAGUUUCAGAGCCAGUGAAUUAAGCUACCCAGAUGAUUUCUAGUUCUAUUUUUCCUCUUCUCGAUCGUAUAAACUUGAUAACAUGAAGAGCACGCCACUGUGGAUUCUGGGUUUGUAUGCGUUUGUUUCAUUCAUCUUUUUUAGCCACUCAGUACAAGUUGCUGCAGAUGAUGACAGCAAUGAUUCAGGAGCCAUGAGCAUAGAUUGUGGGUUGACCCCAGAGAGUUGGGACAACAAUGAUUUCCAUUAUGAGGCAGAUGGUUCACCGUUUGUAGAAUCUGGGAAAGUAUAUAGUGUAUCCUCUGAGCAUACCUUGACAAGUGAUGAAGAACAGAGUUGGCAGCAACUCAACACGUUGAGAAGCUUUCCUGAAGGGCAAAGGAACUGCUAUACACUCGCACCCAAACAAGGCAGAGGUAACAAAUAUCUCAUAAGGGCUUUCUUCAAAUAUGGAAACUAUGACAAAAACAAUUCAAUUCCAACAUUUGAUCUGCACCUUGGUGUCAAUUAUUGGACAACAAUUUAUUUAAGUGAUUCUAGUGAUGUUGUAAGAUCCGAGGUGAUUCACGUUGCCCAGUCUGACCACAUUGACGUGUGUCUGAUAAACAAAGGACAAGGAACACCAUUCAUUUCCUCGUUAGAGCUUUGGCCUUUGCCCAUAAAGCUAUAUCAGCCGACUCCCAAUUUACUCCCCCUUGCACUCACCACACGCCGUAACUUUGGCAUGACCGAACGUUUCGAUUUCGUCAGGUACCCGAAUGAUCCGUACGGUAGGUCUUGGUUCCAGGGUGACAAAGACACCAAAAACUCACGGCCAAUCAGCACAUCAAUAGCGAUUGACGAUGAUUCCAAAGAGUACAAACUACCAAAGGAAGUGUUGAGCACUGCAAUCACACCACUGAAUAGUUCGUUUCCAUUAGUUGUCAACGUGAAUGCUAGCACAAAUCAUGAGUAUUAUGUUUAUCUUCAUUUCUUUGAAUUUGAGAAACAUUCUCAGAAUCAGCAGAGAAGUAUGGACAUUGCCUUCACUGAUUCAAUCCGAGACAACAACGUCACUCUUGAAUACUUGCAACUCCAAACCAUCGUUCAUCGGAUUCCAAGAGAACUCUCUCUUACUAAUAUUUCCAUCACUUCCUCCCCAGGUUCUACUCUGCCCCCCAUCGUCAACGAUCUUGAGAUCUACAGGGUACGACACAAACAAAAUUCACCAACACGUGAAGGAGAUGGCAAGUUUGAUGCGAUGAGGAAUAUCAGACACGGUUAUAACAUCAUGAGAAUCAGUUGGCAAGGAGAUCCCUGCAUGCCAGAGGAUUAUAGAUGGGAAGGUGUAACUUGCAAUAAUUACUCUGGUAGCAUUCCAAGGAUCAUUUCAUUGAACUUGAGCUCAAGCAGACUAGAUGGAGAGAUUAUGGGUACUAUUUUCUCCAAACUCGACAUGUUGGAGUCAUUGGACUUGUCAAACAACCAACUGACUGGAGAAAUACCAGAAUCUUUAGCAAAAGUAGCCAAUUUGAAAGUGCUUAAUUUGACAGGAAAUGAUCUCAUAGGUUUAGUUCCUGAGUCUCUGGAGGAGAAAUCCGGCUUGACAUUGAGUUUGGAUGGAAAUCCAGGUCUCUGUCACACAGCUAGCUCUUGCAAAACCAAAACGCUCAUUGGACCACUUGUUGCCUCAGCAAUAGCUUCUGCGGCAGUUCUUCUGAUAGCAAUUUUUAUUCCUAUCAUGCUCUGCAAACGGAAAAGAAAACCACAAAAUGCGAUGUUGCCUAAGAAGGGUGGUGAUUUUAGAUCAAAAUGUCAAGCAUUUAGUCUGGAAGAAGUUGUUAGUAUGACCAAUAACUUUGAAUCAGUAAUUGGUGAAGGCGGAUUUGGAAAAGUGUACCUUGGAAAAUUACAACAUGGUAUCCAAGUUGCAGUCAAAUUACUGUCCAAGUCAUCACACCAAGGAUUUACCGAGUUUGAAUCAGAGGCAAAGCUAUUAUCAUUGGUUUAUCAUAAAAACUUAGUUUCUCUUAUCGGUUACUGUGACGAUGGUGACAUGAAAGCAUUGAUUUAUGAAUAUAUGGCAAAGGGAAAUCUCCUACACCUAUUGACAGGUAAGAGCCCUUAUGUUAUAAAGUGGAAAGAGAGACUUCAAAUUGCAUUCGAUGCAGCAUGUGGAUUGAACUAUCUACAUAAUGGUUGCAACCCACCAAUAGUUCAUCGAGACCUAAAAUCAUCUAACAUCUUAUUGAGUGAAAACAUGCAUGCCAAGAUUGCUGAUUUUGGACUCUGUAAAGUUUUUGCUAGUGAUACUGAUACCCAUAUUUCAACUCGUCCUGCUGGCACAUUUGGCUAUCUUGACCCUGAAUUUCACAGAUGCGGGAACUUGCACAAGAAUAGUGAUGUUUAUAGUUUUGGGAUAAUUCUACUUGAGUUGAUGACCGGACGACCAGCUAUCAUCAAAACAUCUGAAGGUAUAAAUCACAUAGUUGAUUGGGUGACUCCAAAGUUUAAAGUGGGAGAUAUGGAAUCCAUUAUGGAUCCAAAAUUAGAGGGAAAAUUCAAUAUUGCUUCAGCAAGAAAGGUUAUAGAGAUAGCCAUGUGUUGCAUUGAAACAAGUGCAGUGAAAAGACCUGAUAUCAAUAAUGUAGAGAAUGAUCUGAAGCAGUGUCUGGCUCUGGAAACGAACAAUGAAAGUGAAGAAAGCAGCAGUUUAUUCUCAAGCAGCACAUUUGAUACAAGUUUUUAUCAGUGUGGAUCACACUCACCACCAUCUGUUAGGUAAGACUGUUUGAUGAGUCAUGCAUUACAUAUAAUUAAUUUCUCUUAACUGAUAAUCUAUGUGUUUGCCUUAAUCGAAUUGUUUGCAUUAUAUGUCGGAUUUUAUUCUAGUAGACUCAUUUGUAAACUGUACGCUUAAGUUUAUUAGAAGUUUGCAAACGAUCACGUGGGCUAAAUCGGAUUAUGAGAACACGAACUUAAAGGAUUUCACCUA